UAUCUGUGAUAUUAAACAGCUCCCACCCAUUUGACGUUGUAGAGUGAUUCAGAUCUAUUGGCUCUUGGUUGUGGAAAAAUCUGCCUUGAGGUCAGUUGUGGUUCAUACCACAAGCAGCCAUCCUUUCUUCAGUCUGCCUAACUUCAGCCUGAUUUAUUAAAUGGACACAAUAUCCUUACUUUCUGCUGUUAAGAAUCUGCAUAGAGUUGUAUGCAAAGUAUAAGAACUUCUGAAUGCUCCGUGCAUGCAGGAGCCUGUCUGUGAAAGCUGGCCCCUGUUGGGCCCAAGCAGAAAGUAAAGGAGGUGGCUGUGACUCAAAAGCCAGAAAUACUGAGAGAGAGCCUAGAGGAGUCCGUUGCUGCCACACUGAUGGUAACCCUUGUGAACACCUUCCCACCCUGUGGAAAGCAGCAAAUUGUAACAGCCCAGAAAAUGCUUAAGACGUGUCAGAAUUUCGAGUUCUGCUGUGUUCCUGAACGUCUUUCCUCAAACUAGAGGAGGUUUUUUCCCUGCCUCCUGCUCCCCUGGGAUUGUUUCCUGUACACAACAAUCAGAUUUUAGUGAUUGCAACUUUUUCUUUUCUGAUUUACAAGCCUACAUGAGGUCUUUUGGAUUCAUUAUGCAUGAACCAGUCUGUAUCUGGGGACGAAUGAUGUUCCAUCUUACUUUCUUUUUGCCCUUGCACUGAACAGUUUUGUUUUUUAACAGAAAUGCUUUUUUCCUUUUGAGAACUCUCAGAAAUAUGUUCCUUUAAGAACCUCCUACAUGUUACUGAGAGAAGCAGCUUAAAACUAAAUAUCACGUGGAGGGCCCCAGCAGGAUGACCAGCAGCCACACAGACUGCCAUUUCUGCCUGCAGUCUCUCCGUGGCAGGAAAUACGCGCUAAGAGAAGAAAAUGCUUACUGUGUUCCGUGUUACGACAGCCUGUACGCCAACCCCUGCGAAGAGUGCAAGCAGCCCAUUGAGUGCAACUCCAAGGAUCUAGCCUACAAAGGCCGCCACUGGCAUGAGGGGUGCUUCAAGUGUGCCAAGUGCAGUCGCUCACUCGUGGAGAAACCAUUUGCUGCCAAGGACGAGGUAUUGCUGUGCACUGAGUGCUACUCUGAUGAGUAUUCAUCCAAGUGUUUUCACUGCCAGAGGACCAUUAUGCCUGGUUCACGUAAAAUGGAAUUUAAGGGAAGUUGCUGGCAUGAAUCCUGUUUCGUUUGCCAGUAUUGUCGGCAACCAUUGGGAACAAAACCUUUAAUCACCAAAGACAAUGAGAAUUACUGUGUGCCCUGUUUUGAGAAGCAAUUCGCUCACCAUUGCUAUGCUUGCAAAAAGGUUAUAACUUCUGGAGGAGUGGCCUACCACGACCAGCCUUGGCAUGAAGAAUGCUUUGUGUGUGCUGUGUGCAAAACUCAGCUGUCUAGGCAAAGAUUCAUUUCCAAAGAUGAGUACCCAUACUGUGUAGAUUGUUUCAGCAAAUUUCAUGCCAAGAAGUGUGCUGCUUGCAAGAAACCUAUUGCAGCUCUCGGAGGUGCCAAAUACAUCUCAUUUGAGGAACGUCAGUGGCAUGGGGAAUGCUUUAGCUGUGCAAAAUGCUCUGUUUCCCUGGUGGGCCAGGAAUUCCUCACUCGGCAGGAUGACAUCCUCUGCCACAAAUGUGGCUCUGCUUCAUAGUCUGUGGAAAGCUCUACAGCUGCAGUAUUCUCACUCUGUAGCAAGGUAGUUCAUUGGUCUACUGUAAGAAAACCAGAUAAAAGGUACUACAGUUAUUUUGUCAUUCAAGUAACUUUCCAACAGCAGUUUAACAUCGUUGUAGUUCUCAACUGCUUAUAAACAAAAACUAAUCAGCUGCCCCAUAUUGGUUAAUAAAACAAUGCAGAAAAGAUUUGUAUAUAUUUUAAGCCUAACUGCAGUAUGUUUUCCUUGUAACAUACUGCACUCUGCUGUUAGAAGCUUAAAAAUUUAUCUUUUAUCUCCUCUGAACUAAGAAGGAUUGUGAAACGUUUGUUUGGCAUAUGAAUAAUGAUGAAGCAUUAGCACUGAUUCACAGAUGCAGAUUUUGGCAUGGAAAGCUGGGAACAAGCAUUUUUCUCUUCAAUCAUAACACUGAAGUGAGCACCUUGUAAAUAUUAUAUUCUUCCAUACUUUGGGCAAAAAAGAUGCUGACAAAGCAGGCAGAAAUUGUGAGUAGGAGAUGCUUCCACAUUGAGGAGCACAGAGUCAGAAAGGCCCAUUCCAAGGGCCAAUUCAACCGGCAAAAAGGUCACUUACCUUCCCUUACUGGGAUUGCUACCCAAAGAAGUCACCCUAAAUACUACAGCACAGCACGGAUCCUUUCCCAAAUUUGGGUGACUGUACUUAAUUUUUUAGGCAUAGCUGCUCUAGAACAUAAAUAAACCCUAAAACCUAUUUACGUUGUAGUUGCUCUAGAACACAAAUAUUUUCAGCUACUGCAAGAGGUAAGGAAUGCCCAAGACUGAAUAGUGCUGAUGUACAUUUUCCCAUAACUAAUAUGCCUUAAGACACUGUUUUUGCUAUGCCUUCAAAUAUAGGUCCAAAACAUACUUUCUUUAUUAGUUGACUCAAGAGCCAACUCAUAGUGUUCCAUUUAACCUUGUCCUUUCCUUAAUUAAAUACUGCUUUGCCAGCAAUUGAAGCCCUGUUAUGUGCUUGGUCUUUGAUUCACAGUUCACUCCUCUGCUUGUGGACAGCAGGCUAUCAACUGAACCAAUUCCUGAUUCAUUUCACCAUUAGCCACAUGUGUUUUUUAACAGUAUGUCAAGAAUUAGUAAUUGUCAUUGCAAGCCAGACAGCUCUUUCUUGCAGCACAGGGCCUCAGUUUCUAAGUAGCCAGCCUUAAUAUCUGCUUGCUGAGCUCCAGCACUCAAAUGUCUACUAUGAAAGGUCACCUAGAGCUGAGUCACAAACAUCUGUCUGCCUCCUUCUUCCACAGUGAGUGUUGCAGUGGCCUGGUUCCUGUGCUGGGCCAUUGUGGAUGGAGCAGUGAUGUUAGGAAUGGCAGGCUCUGCACUGUCCAGCAGAGUUUGAGUCUCAUCUCGGAUGUCUUUAAGUCAUUUUUCUUCAGACUCUGACCUUGAGAGCAUAGGGUUAUGUGGCUGACUUGAGUGGCCUUUAUUCAUAUUGAAGACAGCCAUUAUUUUAGGUAGAAAAGUGGAAAAAAAGGAAGAAUAUGUGUACAUGGCUAAGCUAGAGCCAAAGUGCAGUGGCAUAAAAUCAAUAUAGGUAAUGAUUGACCAAUGAGUACAUAGCAGUGUGUUGUCAGUCAAUAAAAUAUUGAUCUUUUGCUCUAUGUAGUGUUAAUUUUUGGUUUUCAUUUUCUUCUUUCAUCACAGCUUUUAUUGCAGUCUAGAGUUUGAUUAGUUUAUGUUUUUCAUUUUAUCCCAGCUGCUUCCUUUUCUAUUUACACAUCUCCCAUGACUGACACAGGUUCUUGGUAAGGCUUAGAUUCUCAUAAAUAGAAAUGUGCUUCAUUGCCUUAUAUGUAUAAAUAUGUAUCUAUAUAUACACACACAAAACAUGGUGGUUCACAGUUAUUUAUGAUGUUCUAAAAAUUUGCAUUGAAAUAUCAGAAAUUAGUAAAUGCCAAUCGUCUUAAAAUUUUAAAUUAAAAUGAUGAAUCAGAA